GCUUUCUAAGCAUGAGUCGCGGUUCUCAACGCUCGCUUAUGACCGGCGACCGAGGUAACGGUGGCCGAAGUGGCAGCAUGAAAUGUAUUGUGACCGUUGGGAUUAUAUUGCCGCUGCUGGCUGCCAUAAUUGGUGUAGCAGCUUGGACGCUUACUAAUGAAAAACUACAUUCAAGAUCUCAGCCAACAUCUGUACAUCUUGGUGGACACUCUUCUUAUCGCUCUGCUGACCACAUAUUCGAAGAACGUAAUGACGACAUCGAAUUCGGUCAAAAAUUACCUAUUGGUGCUGCUGUCAACAAGGAUGUCAUAGGAUCGCCUCUGGAAGAAGAACGAGACAUUCUUCCUCCAAGUCCAGAGGAACAACCUAACAGAGAUCCCCUUUACGUAGUACAUUAUGUGCCACAAGGAAAAGAUGCAGCGCCAGAAACACCAAAACCACCGAAACAAGACGGCUCAGACGUGUUGUCAAAGAUUCUGUCAGCUGGCAAAGGAACAGGUAAGGGAACGCCACAAUUUGUCGUCUUCGCACCUUCACCAGAAGAAGAAGAUGCCGAAGAUGAAGACGAUAGUGCACGAGUUGCCAGAAAAAGAGUAAAGAAGAAGAAGAAAGCCAGAAAAGAUGUUGUCGAAUAUGAUGAUGAUGAAUAUGUUGAAAAUAGUCAACUAAAACCGAAGAAAUUGAAAUAA